CGCUUGCCUCUUGCUGGGGGCUCUCGCCACGUGACUGUGGCCAAUCACAAGAGUGGGGCGACCAGGUCGUCCCGGGCAACAGUCACGUGCUUGUCCAAUCUUGCCAAAUCGGGCACUGUUGACAUGCGGAUGUUGUGGUGCGUCACCGCCAAAGAAACAUUUCUCCCCACACAACCCUCGGUUCGCUCAUCCAGCGCACAGCUUUUUUUUGCAUGCUUCAAUGUCAGCGAUAUUGCAACAUACUUAACAAAUAGGAACUCACUUUCAGCAUACAUACGGCCAUGGAUUCGCCGUCAAGUACGAGGUCCAGCCCUUCGAAGGCGCUCAAUCCCCUAUCGCCGGAACGCAUGAACCAGCAAGCGGUACAGAACUCACCUUCCUCCGUAUCCGACGUCUUGCGCCUGCAACGCAAGGCUAGAGGUCUUUCCGAUGUGCAAGCCAAGGUCGCAUACCUGAACGGGUUGAACCGGAGUGGCAGCCCAGGGGUCGCUGGAGGAACAACAUCAACAGGAGGCGCCGCAGCACUGCAAAGAGCGAUCUUGGGGCGCGAGGAAGCAGAGACUGCUCUCACUCGUGUAUCAUCUCAGCUUUCCGAAGCGCAGUCCCGGGAACGCCGGAUCAGCGAAAGACUCGAGUCACUCCUCGAAGAACUCCAAACCGCCAAAGAACGCCAGGCCCAUGAACGAAUUGUAUUUGAGAAAGAGAUACGAAAGGCUCGAAAAGAAGCAUUCCGUGCUGGCUCUACACUUGUCAAGGUACAGGAAGAGCUGAAGCACGCGAAAGCCGAGUCGAAGGCUCUUAAGGAGGAAGUUCAGUCUGAGCGGGACAGCAAGGAGAAGGCGAAGCAGGAAGCCUUUGAGCGCGCUUACGCAAUUGCCGGACUCACAGAGGAGCUCGAGGAUCUCAAGGGACGUCUCAGAACUGCAGAAGCGAACCUUGAGCAAGAAAUCAACAGGCAGAAGAUCGAGAAGAUAUCUAUAGCAGAAACAGGUUCCAUCGCGACACAGACAUCGACACCUCGAGGAUUUAAGCGGCCCGCCGAAGAGAUCGCCACUUCUCCACGAAAAUCGUCAGACCGUAUGUCGAUUGGUGACACACCUUCAAAGAAGCUAAGACUAUGCGACCCUCCACCUCACAGGGAAGGCCGGCAAUACGGAUACGGCAUGUUUCCUCCUGCUCUUACGAUACAGGAACUCAUUGAGAAUCUCGAAGAUGAGCUUAUGUAUGAAAGGAACAAGAGGAUUGAUAGAGACGAUGAGAUCGAGUUCAUGAAGGUUAGCUGCAUGUUCAAAGCUUGCCAGUGCCGACACCUCGAAUGGAUGGAGAACGAGGCUCGUGCCAAGAAAGCGGCCAAGGCGGCCCAGAAGGAAUUAGAAGAAGCCCACGUGGAGAAGGACGACAGGCUGGCGGAUCGCGACGUCGGCUGCAGCGCAGAUCCUCUCGAGCAAACGACACAGGAGACCUCCAAACUAGAAACUCAGGACGAGACCCUAACGGGAGAAGCCAUGGAGAUCGACCCGGAAGCCGAGCACAUCCGGGAGGAUAUGCAGGGGGGAGGCAAAGUUGCAGUCAACGGGGAGGCCCAGCAGGAGACUCAUCAUCACGACCAAGAAGACAUUCAAGGAGACGCCCAGGAGACUGUUCUUGAAACAGUCCAUGAGGACAUCCAAGAGGAAACUAAAAGAGACACUCAAGAAGACGUUCAAGAGGAAGUUGAGGAAAUGGAUGAAUUUGAUGAUGAGGAACCUCAGGAGACAACCAUCACUUUCUCACCCGUUACGGGGACCUUCCACACUAUUCCGUCUCCCACUCGCUCGUCACCUCUAAAACAGACUCAAGACAUGACCCCUCAUCAUCCCGCAAGGCUUCAGAAAGGACUGGAAUCCCGCCCCGAGCUUGCCAGCCCUACUCCGAAGAGCUCAUCACUCUUCAACGACAGCUGAGGCGCGGUGGCAGCUUGAAAGCUCGAAUGAGGCCGCCGCUGAAACCGGCUAUGGAGAUCCCAACGUCCAAAGAAUCCCUCUACGAGCCGAAGACGAAUCAUCAAAUAGCUUUGCUCCCGUCCCCGGCACACCCAUCAGCCGGGAACAAGCACUGGCUCAAAUCAGAGCCCGACGUGGUCGAACUAGCGCCAUGAAGAGAUCUGUGAGCGCCAAUGACGCCGGUUUUCGCGCUGGAGGACUCAACAUCACCCCAGUCCGAGCAGCUCGCAGAAUUCCCGGUGUUGUCCAACAAAGCGACCCGCGAGGAGAUGCUGUAAAGAAGUCUCGCAGGGACAUGAGUGCGCCAAUGAGGAUGUUUCGCUAAUGUCAUGACCUUGGACAUGACGAUCUGAUAGAUGACUGAGAGUAUGUCUGGUGUGGAGGUUCUUUCUUCUCGCUAUUUGGUUUUGCAGCCACUGUCUCAAGAUACCCCAGCAUUCUUAGCGAAUUGGCGUUUUUCACUUUAUUUUUGAGUUAUCUCCUCUCGCUGUUUUUGAUUUCUGAUUUGCCUUUGGAGGCCAUUCUUAACAUUGAAGUAUUUUGCCUUUUUGUUGUGUUCUUACCCCACAUCCGGUUUAUGUAACAUUUUUGGUCUUUACAUAGAUGCAUUGCAUUGCUCCGCAAGCCGGACUCAACCUUCAUUUACAACACCCACUUGCAUACUUAUAUACGCAACUGGCCUUGCAAUUUCCUUUGUUCUACAUUGUUUUCGGUAGAUAUCUACCUUUUUUCUUGUUCAAUUUUCAGACAUUAUUCCCUGUACAUACUUCUUAGGAGGCGCGUUUACGCACACAGUCCACCAUACUAUCCCUAUUACCAACACCAUUCGCCAUAGUAUCUCCUAUAAGCUCACCUGAGUACAUCAGAUCUGCAUACUGAACAAUGAUGCCAUCAAUCGGACUACGAGCAAAGCACGAAGAGUAAAGCAUGUGGUACGAAAUAACAAUAUAUACAAGCUAAAUUGAGGUUGUCCCCCCGUCGGCUAUUGGAAAGCGGCAGAAUUGCAGAGCAUGCGAAACGCAUGGCGUAUGAUAUAAUCAUAUGAGCGAAAUACCACAGCACCGAAUCCGUGCACUGUCAACGUACGCCCUACGUCCCCACCAUAAGAGAACCAGCUCUUCGACGAAGAUCCGGUCUGCGGCGCUCCAUGUGUCCAGGCCCAUUUCCGCCAUGUCCUCCGCGGAUACUGCGAUGCGGUCGUUUUCAAUGGCUUGAUCCUGGUCUAGGAGCGGGGAAGUGGAUUCGUCUUCUUGUGUUGGGUCGCGCGUUAUUGUUGCGUGUUCGGCGGGAUUGUUGUCCUCGUCGUUUUCUUCGUCUUGGUAGGGUGCCGAAGUUGGGUCGUUUGGUUCAGUCCCAUUUUGAUCGUCGUGUCGGGCAAUCACGUCCGAGAGCGUGGCGAAGAUCUGAGUGGUGAGCUGGCGGAAGUAUGCAAUGAGAGCGAUUUCCGGCGGCUGCUUGGGUGGUUCGCCUAGCUGCAUGCUUUGGCGGCGGAUAGAGCCUGAUGGUGGGCUUGGGAGAUUGUCCACGCUUGCUAAGAGGCGUGCGUCUUGUUCGAUCUCGUGCUCUUCUUCCUCCUCUUCAGAGAACCCGUCCCGCUUUUCGCCGGCGGAUGCCCACCAUAUGAAAGAGGUAUAUGCUAGCCUGGUCCAGGAGAGAGGUUCGACAAUCGGGCUGGAGGAGAAUGUUGACGCGGCAUCCGAGUUAUCGUCACUGUCGUUGUCUUUGGACUGGGAGUUGAUGUCCUUGAAUGCGCGGCGAAGACCCUGGCGUAGAGCUGUGUAACGUCGCACAUCGCGCUGCGUGGCUUUCAGUUCCACUUUUUGCGGUGAUUUGCUGUGUAAGGCUGGGGAAGAUAUAGUGAUUGUCGGGUACGUCUUAGCCGCGGCAUUCUUGGAAUGGUUGGGAGGCAGCGUGACGAGAAUGUCGAAUAGCUCUGGUUUCAUGCUCAAAACACUAUCCGUGCUGCAAGCUAUCCAGGCACUGUCACUCUCGGUAUCUGGAGCAGACCCCACAAAUGAUGAGAGGUAUGGAAUAUCAUAAACGCCGACGUUGAAAAGUGCACGAGGUCGGAGUGAGGGUAACAUGUCCAGGGGAAGUAGUGGAAGAAGAGAAUUAGGUAACGAGGCUAAUAGAGACAAAUCGUACACUAGG